UAUUUACACCCAAACACACCAUUAUUAGUUUUUUUUUUUUUAGAUAUUUAGCGGACUUCUCGUGGUCUCACACUCAGGUCUCACCUCGCUCCUUCUCGAAUCCUGCUCUACGUUCUCCCGUUAGCCCCUCCCACCUUCCGGUGACAUCUCCGAUCGGGUGUCUACAGGAAGUUGCAGUUAACCUACAAUACUCUAACACCGCAUCCCUCACUCAAGUUUCAAUUUGAGAUGUGCCAGGUAACAGAUUACUCCAAUAAUGAAAAUGUUGCAAAACCUGAGACUGAAAGUGCCAUCAUGCCUAAAACUGAGGCUCUUGAUUAUGAUUUGCCAGCAGAGAACAUGUAUCCACAACCUAUGGGGAAUGAUGUUGGUAGUUCAUCUGGCAGCAAUGUAAGGUCAUCCUUGCUUGCAAUGGGGUUUUCACCAUCACUUGUUGACAGAGCAAUUGAAGAAAAUGGUGAUGACAAUGUUGACUUAUUACUGGAGACUCUUUUUACAUAUCCUGAUCUUAAUAGAUCAGAUUCAUCAGAUUCUUUGGAUAGCUUGUUUGGUGAUGAGAAGGAUCCAGUCAGCCUUGCCCAUCGUGACUCUGAAUUACCUAUAAAAGAGGAGCUUGAUAUAUGCGUAGUUAGAGAUGAAAAGAAAGAAUCCUUGUUAGCAAUGGAUUUUUCUUUAGAUGAAGUCGAGUUUGCAAUGAGUAAGCUUGGCAGAGAAGCCCUUGUUACUGAACUUGUGGACUUCAUUCUUGCUGCUCGAAUUGCUGGAAAUUUGGAAAGAGAACCAAAUUUAGUCGAUGCAAAAGAAAAUGAGCAGGAAUUCAUCACUGAAACCUUGUUUGGGACCAUGGAGAAGACACUUAGACUGAUUGAAAUGGGUUUCUCUGAGAAUGAGAUUUCAACUGCUAUUGAGAAGUAUGGUUCAGAAAUCCCUCUUGAAGAGCUUGCUGAAUCAAUUGUAUCAGAUAAGAUUCCUAAUAGCAGCAUUAAAAGGGAAAAGUACUUCUUGACCUCCCUUGGCACAAAUAGUUCAAGUGCUCGAAGCAGGUGUAGACCUUUGAGUAUUGCGAGUCAUGAUGGUUUAGGUGGUCAUUGUUUUGAUCCACUGGCUGUUAAAAGAGAAGAGCCCACUUCAGAAACCUAUUAUGAAUCCUCAGAUUUGGACUUACUGCAGAAGUUCAGAGGGAAACGCCCAAAAGAAGAAUAUAUCGAUCAAUCAAGCAAUUUGAAAAGGCCAAAACAAGAGUAUGAUGAAGGCUUCAGUAGUUCUCUUGGGCCAGAGUGGGAGGAAACUAACUUUAGAAAUUUUCCACCUUUCAGCAGGGCUUGUUCUUCAGUUUCUAAAAGAAGGGUUCCCCAUAAAGCAAGACUGCUGGAAAAUGUUGCAGCACCAAGAAUGUCUAUGCCUAGUUCAUGUAGGAGCCUUGAUCGAAUGGUGGCUAAACCUCCCUAUUUCUUUUAUGGAACCAUCAUGAAUUUAUCUCAUGAUACUUGGGUCAAAAUAUCACAAUUUUUGUAUGCAAUUGAACCAGAAUUUGUUAAUACUCAAUCAUUCUCAGCCCUCAGCCGGAGAGAAGGAUAUGUGCAUAAUCUUCCUACUGGACCUAGAUUUCACAUUCUUCCAAAGCCACCAAUGACCAUUCAGGAAGUGAUGCCCCAUACAUCAAAAUGGUGGCCAUCAUGGGAUACAAGGAAGCAGCUCAGUUACAUCAAUGCCGAGACAAGUGGGAUCUCUCAAGUACGUGAUAGGAUUGAAAGAAUAUUAGCUGAUUCCAGAGGACUUGUUUCGGCAGAAAGACAGAAAGACAUCAUCCGUCAGUGUGAGACAUUGAAUCUUGUUUGGGUUGGGAGAAAUAGAUUGGGCCCAAUAGAGGCAGAAAAUGUGGAGAGCAUUCUCGGAUAUCCAAUAAAUCACACCCGAACUGCUGGUUUGAGCUUGAUGGAUAGGCUCCAGGUGCUAAAACACUGCGUCCAGAUUGACACAUUGGCAUAUCAUCUAUCCAUCUUGAAAUCUCUGUAUCCAGGAGGAUUGAAAAUGCUGUCUAUUUACAACGGAAUUGGUGGGGCAGAAAUUGCUUUGCAUCGGCUUGGAAUUGAGCUAAAAGUAGUGGUGUGUGUGGAAGCUUCAGAAUCAAAGAGAAGAAUUCUUAAACAGUGGUGGGAAAGUUCAGGACAGAAGGGAGAGUUGGUGCAGAUUGAAGAUGUUCAGAAGCUAGCUAGUAACAGACUUGAAGUUUUGGUCCAAAAGUAUGGGGGGUUUGAUUUCAUCAUAUGCCAGAACCCUUGCACUUAUGCUCUAAAAAGUAGUGUGGCUGCAGACUUUGAUGGUCCCGCAGGUUUAGAUUUCACAAUGUUCUAUGAGUUUGUACGCGUCUUGCAACGAGUAAGGAGUAAAAUGGAGAGGAACCAAUGAGGGUAGAGUAAGAAUGAGAUGUAAAAUUGAACAGCAUGCAUGUCAUGUAUCAUGUUUGUGUAGUUAAAUUGUAUCAGUAGUGUAGGUUGUGGAGAGAAUUGAAUGUAAUAAUGUAGAUCCGCAGCAGCAGGGGAAGGAAGGAUGAGUAAUGUGGAUGUUGUUACUUACUCUGUCGGUAGGUAGGUAUAAUAUUAUAUUAUGAAUUGAGUAAUUGACACA